GCGGCGUUCGUAACCAUCACGUGAUAUAUUGUUGGCUCCAUCCCAGCCUUGUUUUCGAGCGAGCCACAUGUUGGUUAACAAGUUCCUCAAAUAUAAACUAUUCGCUGCAAUGAGCCUCCUGAAUCUCCCACAAGAGACACUGCUGGAAAUUGUCGAAUAUGUAGGAACAGAUGAUCCCUCGUUUAGCGAAAAAUUCGUGUCUUGUACGAAUUGGCUUUCAGCGCUGUGCUCAACGUGCAAGGCAUUGAACCAUAUUGUGCAGCCGGUACUUCGUGCUAAACUCUGUGUGGGUGGAGAUUCUUGCUCUCCAAACCUUUUUACAGCAGUUAGGAGUUUUCUUGAGAUACCUGAGUUUGCUGCUUUGGUCAAAAAUCUCGAUUUGCCCAUGUGGAAUGAGGAUCAGCUCGACAAGCUUAAACCGCACGGUGUGGCAGCACUGUUCAAUGAAAAAUUCAAACAGUAUGGCAUUACACAUCAACAAUUAAAACUCUUGAAAAUAGUCCCAGACGUGACGGAUCUAGCUGACAUGGAAAUGAAAGGCGAGGGCGAAGAUGCAGGCGAGGGCGAAGAUGCAGGCGAGGGCGAAGAUGCAGGCGAGGGCGAAGAUGCAGGCGAGGACGGAGACGAAGACGACGACGACUAUGGGAGUGAUGACGGCAACGGCGAAGAGUUCGAAGAGGAACUGGCCCGUGCCUUAUGCGAAGGGGCCAAACUAUUGGCUAUUCUGAGCUGUCCCAAUGCCACAAGGAUCAGUAUGGAAAUAAACUCUCCACCUCUCCAAGUCAAACAUCCCAUCACGCUUUCAUGCCUGACAGAGCUAGAAUUUCGUCAUUGGGAUACAGAGUUUAAUGCCAUGAUAAAGGGCAGCUUUCGAUGGAUCUUUGAAUCAGCACCAAACUUGAAAAAGUUGACUGGCAUCAUGGUAGGGAGGAUCAGCCCCAAUAUCACCCACGCGGGCCUGCAGACCAUUGAUCUAUCAAUGUCAGAAUUGGAGCCCCAAGCCUGGCAGUGCAUUGCCCAAAACUUUCCCAGUUUACACAGCCUCCAGUUCGAAGCGGGAGGAGCUUCAGUCCUUCUAGGUGAUGAAACCACUCCUGCCCAGGUAGUCAACCUCUUGGAACCUUGUUACAAAACUUUGAAGAGCCUCUCACUUGAUUGGUCUACUUCUGAUCUCGAACCCGACGACGAUGCUGGACAGUACUACAUCAGCAGCUUUGCAGAUUUUACUGCAUUAGAAACGUUAUGUAUUGGGGGAGACGGACUGGCUGGCAUAGACCGGAUAAAUGGCGAUUUCUAUCGGCGCCUGCUUCCACCUAACAUCCAAAGAGUAUGCCUGCGAUUUGGAGGGAGGCCAAAAUGGAACCUUCAAAGCCUCGCUUCAGUCGCUGCUACAAGCUUCCCGUCGCUCCAUACCGUUACCCUUCAAAGUAGCGAGGAGCAGGACGGAGGUAUAUUGGCUUCUCUGUUUAAGAGAGAGGGAGUUACAUUGACUUAUACCAGCGAGUAUAGCGUCACGGCGUAGUAGUGACGGCCGCCUUGUUAGUUUUAGGUUAUAUUCACUUAGACAGUUAUGUCACAAUAGAUCGGGCAUUGUAAUCAUGUUUAAAGCUGCGGCAGGGCUGGCAAAGCUUGAUUAACGUGGUAACGUUCUGACACCGCCCAGCGUAAUGGAAAACGGUAGGUGGUGGCGCUAUCCAUCCAAUAGCCAUCCGCUGGCCGCAGAAGCGAAUCGCCACCAUGGACGGGAUAGCAGGCUAGCGCAGCGAGGCACCCGUCACAUGAGACCCCAUAGUUUGACAACAAGAUGGUGGUCGCUGUAGGUGAGGUAUCGCACGCAUAGCGGGCUUGAGGCACUACGAAACGCCUGUGGCCGGUGGAAGCCUGGACCAGUGCGUGGCUUUGCCAUAUAAAAAUCGCGGGGGAGGGUGACUCAAUAAAUUCAUGCGUGGCUGCCAUACAUGUCGCUGUUCUAGGUCAUGGUUGGCGACUUAGCGCCCGUCUUUGUGGUGGUUGAGACACAGACAUCGAGAUGGGGGGCGUGGGUUGGUUGCGGUUGUAGGGCUCGUAUUGGCCGGCGGAUGCGCCUGUUGUUUCAGUUGCAUGGCGAUAGGUAUGCCCGUUGCUUGUUAGCUUCCAAUGUCUUGCAUGUCAGGCCACCAAGCUGGGUGGUUUGCUUUUCAACUAACACAUGGCCCGGCGGCAAAUGUCGCAACCGCAACAAUCCUGUCGCCAUGUUCCGCCAUUUGCACCGCCAGCGGCUGCACCGGCCUUAGAAGAAAGUGCACGCAUGACGAAUAAGCCAAGCUAUGGCGCACGUUUAGAGGAGCCCGCUGAGGCGAUCGGUGCUGCAAGGCGUUGUGGAAACUUUGCAUGGUGGCGUAGGCGGUCUGAAUGGCGCGUCCACGGCUGCACGACGUUAACCAACCAACCCCACCUGCCUGCAAACCUCGAAGCUCACGCGCUGGUUUAGCAACGACAUGCAUUGUCAUAGCGCCUUCGGAUCUCCUCAUCAGGCAAACACCAGCCGCUAAAGACCAAAAAAAACCUGCUGGAGAUAGAUGAGAAGCCGAACAAGCGAUAUUGCAAAUCUUAGACCCGGCUGCUGCAAUAACCUUUUGCAGACAGCGUCCCCCC